UUGAAAAACCACUCAGAAAAGCCUAGACAGAGAGAGAGAAGGGGGAAGUUAAGAGGGAGAAAGAAGAACAACAACAAAAACACAAAAAAAAUAAAAAUAAAUAAAUUAAAGCCGCAUUUGUUAAGAACAAACAUCUAAAUUUUAUUUCAAUAAAUUUUUGUUAUAAAUAUUUGAUUGUUGAUAUUUUGGUCAAUAACUUUCUGGGGUUUGGAGGAGUUUGAUUAACUUUUCCGGAAUUUUUUGUUGGUUUGAUAUAUUGUGAAUUGAUUGAUUGAUUCAUUGCCUUUUUUGGUUACAAUUUCUAGGUUACUGGUUUUUCUUUUACUGGGUAGAAUAAGAAAGAGAAGAAAUUGUGGCUUAUAAUGGUAGUUUUGAGGGAUUUGCUUCAUGGGUUUUUCUGGGUUUUGGAUUUCCGAAGUGGGUUUCUGAAAUCUCUUUGGAUUGAUUGAGAAUAAUAAAGCAAUUCUCUUUUUGCGGGGAAUUAUAAUUUUAGGUUUUUUUGAAGUUUUGAAAUUAAUUUCAAGUGUGUUUUGCUGUUUUUGAUUUAGAUGGUAAUUUAGGCGUAAUUAGGUUGAGUUGGUGUUCUUUCUCUCUCCUGCUUUUGUCUGUUUUGAGGAGGGUUUGUGAAGAUGAGAGACAUUGAGCUUGAAGAAGGAGAAGCUUAUUUGUUUCAAGAUGAUUAUGAUGAUGGUGAAAACAUUGAUCCUGACAGGGACUUCUCUUACAUUGACAGGAAGAUUGAAAAUGUCCUAGGACAUUACCAGAAGGAUUUUAUGGGUGGGCUUUCAGUAGAGAGCCUGGGUGCAAGAUUUGGGGGCUAUGGAUCAUUCCUGCCAAUGCAACAACGCUCUCCUCUUAUUUUACCUAAUCAAAGAAGCCAGAGCCAUAUUAAUUCUAAGUCUCCCCAAGAUCUGCCAUCAGAGCACUUCCAUCAGAAUCCAACAAUUACUGCUAAGCCUACACUUCCAGUUAGAUCUACACCUGCCUCAGGUGAUCAGACUGACGAAGCAAUGUCUCAAUCAGGAACUUCCUUGGUGAACAACCAAUCCAAAUUUCAAAGUUCUGGAGAGAAUGCUUCUAACACGCAAAAGAAGAAACUGAUGAAAAAUCAUUCCGAAAAUAAUUGCCUGAAGUUUCGAGUCAAAAUGGCAUCUGAGGCUAAACCUGUUUUAUCUAUGGACAAGUCUGCAAUCUAUAGUGGCCUAGGUCUUGAUAUGUCCCCUUCUUCCUCUCCUGAAGGUAGCCCCUCAGAGAAUGAUGGAAUUUCAACUGGCUUGCAAGAAAUGAAUUUAGAAUCUCCUUCCUUUAUUGUCAAGAUUAUGACGACUAUACCUCUCCCGAGCAAGGACUUGCUUUCACCUCUUCAUGAUAGCUUUGUUUGUUUAAGGGGCAUGGAGAGCAAUCUGCAGGCUGGUUUACCACAGACAGUGGAAGUAAACCCUGUCAAUCCUGUUCAUGAAAGCAUGUACUCAAAGGGAAAGAAGGAAGCAAAGAAGGAGAAAAGAUCAAAGUCGAAGGAUGCAAGUAAGGUCAAGAAAUCAAAGCACAAGGAGGCAAGUGAGGAUAAGAAAUUAAAACAAAUGAUUCCAAGUCAGAAGCCCGUGGAAUUGAUGAAGGAGAUUUGUGAAUAUCCUGCAAAUAUUGUUACCUUGAGUGCUACUAGAAGGGAUGAUAAUGGAGCAUCAACCAUCAAGGAUGUUCCCUUUAUUGCCUCCAUAAAUGCAGUUGGUGCAUAUUCUGAAGAAAAUGAACGUGCUUCCUUGAUGAGCAAGAGCAUUGGUUCAAAGCCUUCUGUGCUUGGUAAGAAAACUGAAGUUGGUUUCUUGGGUGAGGACAUUGACAAGUAUGACAACCCAAUCAAACAGUUACAUGUAGCUAGGCAUAAGGCAAAAGAGGAACCUGGUUCAGCAAAAACACAUGAAGUGAUGGAGGAUGACAUGAAUGUUAUUACCUUAAGAGGGGAGACGGGGAAGGAUAAAAAUUUCAUUUUCAUUCCGAGGAGUGAAUCCACUACAGAAAAGAGGGAUGGAGUUGGAUGGAGAGAUGAUGAGGUAAAGAAGUUCUCCAAACAACAUAACAUUUCGAAGGACCGAGUGAAAGAGGAAGUACUUGAUUCAGCACAUCCAAAGGACAAAAAUGUCAUAUUUAUUUCCAAGGGUGAAUCUAGUACAGAGAAGAGGAAUGAAGGUCGGAGAGAGAAUGAGGUGAACAAGCUUCUAAAACAACAGAGCAUGUCGUUAGACAAAGUAAAAGAGGAAGUUUAUAAUUCAGUAUGUUCCAUUGAGGCUGGUGCUUAUAGCAAGGAAAAUGGAAUUGUAGAGAUGAUUCCGAAAGAUAAGGAAGUAUGUUCUCUUUCCCUGAAAGACGAGGGAAAUGAUAAGUACAAUGAUGUUUCUCAGAAGAUGAAGUACGACAAUGUGGUUGAAUCUUCGAAGCAAAAGUCACAUUCCAGGGAAAUGACUCAUUUGCCGGCAGAGCAAGGACUGCUUAGCGAGAAGGAAAACCCGUCUUCUGUAAUCAACAAAAAAUUAAAGGAUGUUCGGAUUGGUGGAGUCUCUUCUGAAGAGCCACCUAGAGGAAUUGUUAGCUCUUCAGCAUCUAAAAAAGAGGCAGUCAUUUUCAAAAACAAUAUUCCUUCUAAAAGUAGAAAGAGUGACACUGAUUUACAGAAGGAAGUGAGGAAGAAUAAUGACGUUGUUGAUAAGACAAAUACAAGGAAGAAAGGAAAAGAAGUGAGCUCAUUAGUGAUGGGAAUUUCAGAACAAGGGGCACACACACCCAGACCCACAAUAAAGCUGAAGGAUAAGCCGAGCAGUAAUAAAACUAGUUUUGCUUUAACUAUUGGACCUAAUUUGGGAGAUCUCCAAGGUGUUAACUGCAUUACAGAAAAGGACCCUGUUGAUGGCGUGCUGCAAGACGCGCCAGUAGAAAAUUGGGUCGAAUGUGAUAAAUGUCACAAAUGGCGGCUUAUGCCUUUUGGAAUGAGCGCAGAUGCCUUUAAGGAUAUGAAGUGGAUUUGUAGCAUGCUUACUUGGCUGCCUGGAAUGAACAAGUGUAGUUUCAGUGAGGAUGAGACAACUCAUGCUCUGCAGGCAUCAUAUGUGCCCCUGGAUCCUGCUUCUAUGAUUCAGAAUAAUCAGUCACUAAUUGUGUCAGCCAGUGCCCCAAACAUGGUUCUUGCCAGUCGGGCUCCUAGUUGUGACGCUUUGCCCAGUGGAGGCAAAAAGAAGAAUUUGGUGAAGACAAAAAUAGAGGUAGCACGGCAAAAUGGUGUUCAAGACUUGCACAUUAAGGAUCAGAAACGCUCUGGUGAAAUAAGGAAUAUGAAGAAUGUGAAAAAACUUCCCCGGGAGUUAGAUUCUGUUCGAAAGAGUGCAGGUGAUGGCAAUCCAUCAAAGAUUGGAAAAAAGAGAGUUGCAGAUGUUGAGGCAUAUGGAGUUUCUAAGAGAAUGAAAAGGGUGGAUCAGCAAUCUAUGGAAGAUUUUGAUCCAAUUGUUCAGCGAGUUCCACUGGAUUUUGUGAAGGGAAAUUCAAAAUACCCUCCUGUGAAUGUUAGGGACAGUACCCAGAGUAUGACUUCUAAGGAGGAUGAGAUGUAUGAUGUUUCUGGUAAGAAGAGAAAAUUGAAGGACAAAAGGCAAAAUGUUUUUCCUUCAGUAGUACCCUCAGGCAAAGGAGAACACUUAGGGAAUAACUGGGAUGCAGGGAAAAAUAGUGUGUCUGAACAUAGGAAAGAGAAGAAGUCAAAAUUCUCGAACGUUCAGCCUGUGGAGAGUAAUGCAGAUAAGGGAAAUUAUAGAACUCGGAUUCAUGAUACUAAAUCUAAUCUUGGUGGUGCUACUGACGUUGGUCGACACAAGGAAGGUAGGUCAGAUGGCAUUCCUAAGGUGUCUAGAAAGACCCCUGCCGGUAGAACAUCUUACGAAAUGGCUCUUGAUUUGGGGUUGUCAGACAAUGUGACCACCUCUAGCUCUUCAAAGAUUUCCUGCAAAGUUAAAUCAAAAGUGCGUGAAGUGAAAUCCUCCCCAGUUGGGUCAAUUUCAUCCUCUCCUGUAAAGUUUUCUAAGCCUGAUCCUGAUAAAGGGACAAGUAACAAAUCUGGGUCAUAUAGCGAGCAGCGGCUGAAAGCUGGAGCAGAAAGUGUAGUUAAUGAGCUUGCACCUCAUAACGAAGGGUUUAGAGAUAGAAAAUCUAUUCUCUCUAGGAAUUCUGGUAUCACGUCUGAUGAGGAUCAUUUUGGUAAGAAAGUAUCAUCUGGAAGAUAUUCCCAUAAAAUGGAUACCCAACCUAAAAUUGAAGAUUAUAAGGACAGAGGUGGUAAAGUGAACCCUACAUAUGAGGGAACAUCGACUUCACAACAGAAUUUGGUUGCUAAUAAUCAGAUAAUGAAAUCCCCAAAUAAGUUGCAUUUUGAUGGAACUAAUUCUGUGAAAGGAAAGUCACAUGUUGCCAAGAUUGAUAGGGAAAAGGAAGUAUCAUCUAAUUCUCAUGGUGUUCCUGAAUUUGAAGGAGGUAGUGGAUCUAAUGGUGGGAGAGUUGAAAAUGUUAAUGCAAAGCCCUUCAGACAGGUUCCGGUUGGCGGUGUUAGUUUGAGACAAACGCACCACACUGGGCAAGUAUCCAAUGACAUUGAGGGUUCAAGUUCUAGAAAGAAAGAUAGCUUUCAUCGGGCUGCUAAAACUGCCUUGAGAGAGGCAACUGAUCUUAAACAUUCUGCUAAUCGUUUGAAGGUUGCUGGGUCAGGUCUAGAAAGUACUGGCAUUUUCUUCCAGGCGGCACUAAAGUUUCUUCAUGGAGCAUCUUUGUUAGAACCUGGCACCAAUCAAAGUAGAAGUGGGGAGAUGUCACCAAAUGAUGUGUAUACCAGUACUGCAAAAUUAUGCGAAUAUUGUGCCCUUGAAUACGAAAGAUGCAAUGACAUGGCCUCUGCUGCUUUGGCGUACAAAUGUAUGGAGGUAGCCUAUAUGAGAGUGGUUUAUUGUAAUGAUCUUUCUGCGAACAGAGAUCGUCAGGAGCUGCAAAUGGCUGUAAGAGCUGCUCCUCAAGUGGAGUCUCCAUCAUCAUCUGCCUCUGAUAUUGACAACUUAAAUCAAGCUGCCAUUGAUACAGUGAAGGAUGGAAUUUCUGCAAUGGAUCAUCAAACUCAUGUUGUUUCUGCUGGAAACAGGCCCAACUUUAUGCGGCUGUUGGACUUUACACAUGAUAUCAAUCUUGCAAUGGAGGCAUCUAGAAGAUCGCAAAGUGCUUUUGCAGCCUCAAUGCCAGUCUUUACACAGGCAGGAAAUGAGGAGGGCAUAUUGUCCAUUAAGAGUGUCCUAGAUUUCAGUUUCCAUGAUGUUGAUAGCCUUUUACAUCUGGUGCGCCUCGCAAUGGAGUCUAUCAAGUCUUAAUGUUCAACAUGAAUUUGCAAAUUCAUUCAUCUGAAGCAGUGAAGCUGAAGUUUCAGAUCCCAAAAUACCUUUUUUUUUUUGGUGUAUGGUGUAAAGUCACUCAGUUGGCUUCAAAGCUUUUAUACGAUUAAAACCAAAACAUGUACAGAAGAUAAAAUGGGUAAUUGUGAAAGGAUUAUUUAGACUUAGAUUACUUGCAUAUCCCCAGAAACUACCGAGUUGAGGAGCAUGGGGGAUGAUCGUUGUUUGUAAAUAUACAGUAAAAACAAUUUAACUCGAGGAACCAAUUAACAGUUCUCUUUGGGGUGUUCAUGCUGCCUUGCUACCAGCACUUGGUUGUGAAAACCAACAGGUCUGAUCACUUGGUGCUGAAGCAAAUUGAUUAAUGGCAGCAAUUUUGAAUAAUAGAAGAUGAAUACCCCCGGAGUCGUUCUUUUUGGCCUUUUUUCGAUAACCAUUUUUCCCCAUAUAUUGGAACACGUACAUAAAAGGGAUUUUCUUUUUCUUCUUUUUUUUCUUACGAGUUUCUUGGUAGAGAAUCCGAUGCACAUAUCUUUAUCAGUGGGUUGUUAACGAAAUUGAAUUCAUAUUUCAUUUGCGGAGAUCUUUGUAGAAAGAAAUUACCAGAGGAAAAGGAGAGUUUUUAGUUCA